AUGUGUCCUACCCGAUGUGCUCAUGAGCAGUGGGAAUGUUCAUGGUUUUUCCUCCUCUGCUGUUCGUUUCUCCUUCUCCUCGUCUGGUCCUACUUCUGGUUGGAGGCUCGUAAUGACUACAAUGAGUUCAACUGGUUGUUAUAUAAUCGUUCGGCCAUUUGGAAGGAUGGCACAGUCCCCAUUCUCGCCACAACACUCACAGGAUUCACUUACACUGCAUUUUUAAUGAUUCUUGCACUUUGUCACAUUGCACUGGGACAGCAGCUUAAUUUGUUCUGGAUCCAUAAGAUUGUAGUUCUGGCCAUUCUGCUCUCCACCAUAACAGGAGUGGUGUCCAUUGAUGAUUUCUGGCAGGACGAAUGGGACAUUGUCAUCAUUUCUCUGCAGUUCACAGGGCCGUUCCUACACAUCGGAGCUUUAGCUGCGGUCACAGCAUUAGGGUGGGUCAUCGCCAAUCAGGUGGUGCGCAUGGAAAGAUCAAGGCUUCAAUUUGUGACGCUGGUGAUUUAUGUGAGCAUCCUCCUGGUUCUGUAUCUGGUUCCCCUCUUCAUCUCUUCUCCCUGCAUCAUGGACCGGUCCAAGCUCGGUCCUCGUCCUGCUGUCAUUGGCCGUCGUGGAGCUCCAAUGCUCGCUCCAGAACACACCAUUAUGUCCUUCAGUAAAGCACUGCAACAGAAGGUCACUGCCCUGGAAGCAGAUGUUACCAUCAGUCUGGAUGGAGUGCCCUUUUUGAUGAGGGACCGCACACUACGCAGGACCACCAAUGUGGGCAAACUGUUUCCAGCCCGUCAGGACCACGACGCCUCGUUCUUUAACUGGACAGAGAUUCGCAGUCUCAAUGCUGGACUUUGGUUCCUCAGGGAUGACCCGUACUGGACGGUGCAGUACAUGUCUGAAAAGGAUCACAACCGCACGGCCAAUCAGACGGUGUGUAGCCUCACGGAGCUGCUGCGUCUGGCUGCUAGAACAAACCGCUCCGUGAUCUUCAGCCUGCGGCGACCUCCACCUCAACACCCCCGACACCAGCUCUGGGUCAGUGAUGCACUGAAGGUCAUUCAGAGAUCCAGCAUCCUACCAGAACAGGUGAUGUGGACUCCUGACUGGUACAGGAAGAAGGUGCGUGCAGCGGUUCCUCUCCUUCAGCAGACGUCAGAUGAGAAACUUCCUGUGGCUGAGCUGAAAGAAAGAGGGAUCAGUUCUCUGACCCUGCACUACAGCCAGGCCAGAGCUCAGGAUAUCAGGCAGUUUUCUGGCAGUAAUGUGAGUGUGAACGUGUAUCCGGUGAACGAGCCGUGGCUGUAUUCGCUCAUGUGGUGCAGCGGGGUUCAGUCCGUCUCUUCUGAUGCUCCACACAUCCUGAAGAAAGUGCCUAAUCCUAUCUGGAUCAUGAGUGCAGAUGAAUAUGGCCUGAUAUGGAUCACUUCAGAUUUAAUCUCUGUGGCGACUGUCAUUGGCAUCUUCAUAUUUCAGAACUAUCACCUGAUCAGGUGGAAGAUGAGUGGCAUGCGCAGCUACAACCCGGAGCAGAUCAUGCUAAGUGCUGUAGUACGUCGGCCGAGUCGUGACGUCAACCUCAUGAAGGAGAAACUGAUCUUCUCAGAGAUCAGCAACGGUGUGGGGAGCACAGAUGAGCUGUCCGUGUACACAGAAAACGGUCUGGACGCUUAUGCAUGCGAUGACAUCAUGAUGCCCGCACGUCAUGCAAGCAAACUUUAGUGACGACUUGAAUCCAUUUUAUGGAUCGAACAUCUCGAGCUCAAAAUCAUUCAUUUAGACUGAGUUGCUUUUUCAUCUCCAGUGGAUUAUUUUGAAUGGUUUUCGUUGGUUCAUGGACACUCUGGGACUGUAUGCCACUGAUUCAGUGUUCUGCUUUGAUGCCUUACGUACUGAUGUAUUUUUUCUGCAUCGAACCGUAUUUAAAAUGGAGCUGGCUUAUUGUACACUGUAAAGUUUAGAGUCCAAUCUGAUGAAAGCAGGUAAUAAAAGUGUCCUAUUAUUAAUGUUUGUGAAGAACAGACUGAAGAUGAAUGGAUUUAAUGUUAAAAGCAUGCAGAAAUCAAAGGUUCAGAGAUGGUUUUUGAACCUCAAGCUAGCCCUUGUAAAGCUUGACUGUAGGCUGAUAUGAUUAUUUAUUUUUUAUUUAUUUUAUUUUUGUAACGUGAUUUGCUUGCUGGUGAUUCGUAUCUCAUUGCACUAGAUGAAGAUCAGUUUUCAUUUACAUCGCUGUAUCGAUGUCUUUUUAAGUGAUUUAUUUUGUAAUGAAAUCUCUGAAUUGCGUCAAGAGUGUUUUUCAUGAGGUGUUCAAAUGGGUUUUGAAGGGAAUUAUUACUGGAAAUGAAGCAGUAUAUCAAGUGAAGUCAGGUAAAUUGAGCCACUUUGUGCACAAACUGGCUCAGUUCAUCCUGUGCUGCAGUAGACAGGCCUAUUUUUUUAGUCUCUCAGAAUGGUACUUAUGGUAAUUCAAAACAUCACAGGUUUUUAUUGUAUAUUGUAUAGGUAACACAUUGGCUAUAUUUAUUCACAAGCAGAACAAAUUGAUAUAAAUGGCUCAUGGGGUCAGUGAGAUUGUAAUACUUUUAUUCAGCAAGGAUGCUUUAAAUUGAUCAAACUUGACUUUUUAUUUAAAAAAACAUUUAAAUGUAUUUGAUCUCAUCUUUGUUUUGUUUUCAAUUUUAAUGUCACUAAAGUUAUCAGACACUUGAGUGGAAAGGAACUAGACUUUUAUCUGAGGGAAAAUAUUAAGCAGCCCAACU